AGAAAAAAGAAAAGGGUAUAUCCUUGUCAAUUUAAGACUAGUUAGGUGAUAAGGGGAAGAAGAAGUGGGAAGGAAAAUGAAGGUGGUCCAAUUGGCUCAGCAGUUAUGGCCAUUGGUCGGCCAUUCUCGACCUACUACUAUUUGCCAUCAUCUCAAGCCCAGAGCACUUGCCAACAAUAACCAUGAUUCCAUCACUCAAUUUGAUCUUUCGUUAACCCUCAAGAGGAAAGCAGCAGAGAUAUCCCCAGACUUGAAAGGAACUUGUUUAUUCCUUGUUGGAAUAAACAGCUCCAUCAAAUCUAACUCAGCUCAACUUCUUGCAGAGGCACUGCGCUAUUAUUAUUUUGACAGUGAUAGUGUUGUUGAAGAAGCUUUGGGAGGAAAGGAUGCUGUUAGGUCGUUUAUCAAGACAGACUUGAAGGGAUUUCGAGAUUCGGAGACGGAGGUACUGAAGCAGUUGUCAUCCAUGGGUCGCCUUGUUGUUUGUGCUGGGAAUGGUGCAGUUCAGUGCGCAGCUAAUCUGGCGCUUAUGAGACACGGCAUAUCAAUAUGGAUUGAUGUCCCUUUGGAUAUGGUAGCCAAGCAGAUUGUGCUGGAGAAUUUUCAACUUCCUGCUGCUGAAACAAUAAAUGGAUCAUAUUCCGAGGUGUUGACUCAAUUAACUGCUAUUUAUGAAGAUAGCCGUAAUGGAUAUGCUACAGCUGAUACAACUAUUGCACUACAGAAUAUUGCUUCUCGGUUAGGCUAUGAUACAUUGGAUGCAGUGACCACAGAAGAUAUGGUUUUGGAGACUCUGAAGGAGGUAGAGAGAUUGAUGAGAGCAAAGAAGUUGAUGGAAGAAGCUGCCAGGCCAUUUUAGUUUCAUUCACCACCAAUACCAAUACCAAUUAUUUUGAAUCAACAUUUAUUGUUUGGAGCCAUAAGUGCUGAGCUAAAGUUGGCGAAUGAUGUCAAUACUUGAUGCUCUUGCAGUUGUAUGACUUCUGGUAUUGUGAGAGUAAUUCUUAAUUGGCGUGUAUAUUGUGAGUAUUGUAAAUGUUGCACAUAUAUAUCUAUCUUACUGUGGUCGGAUAAAGCUUUCUUCUAAUUGUUAAUCUGCAAACCAAGUUACAACCACCUAAUCUCUGUUCACUUAAACAUCGAGCUACCCAGAAACUCCAUCCUCUAAAUCUUACAGGUACAGGUAUAUCAUGCAAUCAGACAGAGAUGGAUGGGUUCCCAAUAAUUUUAACAGAGUACAAAUAUAUGUGAAAUUCUAGUAACCUUUCAACAAAUAUCAAACUUUAAACCCAUGAUUUCAGGAGAAAUUUAUGCAGAAAUUUGUAUGCUCCUAAAGUGAAAUGUAAACUGCCAAUAUGAAUGUAUAUGUACCUAGAUGUACUUUUCUAUGAGGAAAUGCCAUUGGGAGAUUCUUAUA